AUGGCCAACGCGCACUCUGCCCGCACUCGGACCACCGCCAACGGCGGCGGCGGCGGCAACACCGGCAGGAAGCCGCACGGCAGCCUCGGAUGCUGGCGACAAAGCUUCAGCAGCGGGGGGAGUGCUAGCGGCGUCGGCGGCGGGAGCCGCGUGAGCAACGUCAACCUCGGUGGCAGCACAUCUAGCGCGUUCACCAACCGCAGCAGUAGCAGCAGGGCGAUGAAGAGCCCGGGCAAUGACGGCGUAUAUGGCGGCGGUACCUAUCCUAGUCUAGGCGGCGGAGACACCGGUGGUGUGGGCGGCGGCGGCGGCGGGCGGGGGUACACCGGGUUCGUGUUCAAGAGCAAGGCGGCGCGGCAAAAGAAGGUAGCCGCCGUGCUUGCUGAGAUGCGGCGCGAAGCGAAAAGUCGGGCCGUCAGCAAUGUGGGCGGUGGUUCUGCUGUUGUUGCUUGGACUGGUCACGAUUCGGAAUCGCCGGCCCGCCAGGGUUUCGCGGUGAGGAGCCUGAACAGCUUGCGCUCCAAGGCUAGACAGUCCCUGGAGAAAAAAGCCCGCGACAUCCACCAUAGAAACCCCUCGGCGGCGGAGCGGCUGCUGGCCGACGCGCGGUCUAUCGAGAACUGGGGGAGAGAAGCCGAAGAAGGGGCAAAGCGAGAGGCCGCGGAAAAGGCGCGGCAACGCAGCGAAGCGCUCGCGGCGAGAUUGGCCGAGCAAGCCAAGGCCAGAAAGGCAGCGGCGACGGCUAAGAAGAAGGCAGCCGCGGAAGCCCUGGCGAGGGCGGAGGAAGAGGCGGCUAGAGCCAAGGAAAGAGCGGAGGAGGAAGAGGCGGCUAGGGUUAGGGCACAGCUGGAGGAGCGGGAGCAUAAGGAGGCUAGGUUAGCGGCGGCGGUGGCAGCGGCGGUGCAAGAACGGCCGGAGCUGUCGCCGGAGCAAGAGGAUCAGGUGCGGGAUGCCUGGUCGUCGCAGGGCGGUGCUGCCGACGGCGACAUCGUGGUUCGGGCGUUCAAUGACAUGGUGUCCAAGGCGUCCUUGCGUACCCUCCGGAGCGGCGAGUGGCUUGGGGAUGAGGUGAUCAACUUGUACAUGAAGAGCCUGCAGGCGCGUAACAGGGAAGCGGUGGCGAGCGGGAAGCAGGUUCCAAAGUGCGGGAUCAUGAGCAGCUUCUUCUACACCCAGCUGUCCGACAACGGCCGCGGCUACCGAUACCAAGGCGUCAAGAGGUUCCUCAAGAAGGCCAAGAUCGAUCUUUUCGACCUCGACAAGUUCAUCUUCCCGAUCAACGUCAACCAGAACCACUGGACUCUGGCGGUGAUUAACUUUCGACUGGAGAGGCUGGAGUACUACGACUCCCUCGGAGCGCCUUUCGGUGAUGCUGGCUUCGAGUACAUGGCUAGAUUCGUAGACGACGAGUCUAGAAACAAGAGAGGCGGGCAGGAGAUGGACAUCUCCCACUGGCCCAGGUUCAACUACCAGAACGUGCCCCACCAGAGAAACGGGAUCGACUGCGGUGUUUUCGCGUCCAUGUUCGCGGACCGCCUGAGCAAGGGGAGACCCCUCUCCUUCUCGCAGAGCGACAUCAGGCACUGCCGCAAGGUGCUCACGUUGGCCAUUCUGCGGGGCGAGAGAUCUCCUACGGAGAAAGAGGCGUUUCUGGAGGACGGGGGAAGCGUCCCGGGCGACGCGGGCGAGUGGUGGGAACCUCCACAGGACGAGCAGGCAGACGGUGACGGCAGCGAGGAUGCCGAGGACGAGGAGGUUGGUGUCGACGACGACGCGGACUGGGGAAGCGGAGAAGGGGAAGAGGAGGAAAAGGGUGAGCAAGGAGGGUGGGGAGAUAAUGACGGACUUUUGCCGCCGGGAGGGGGCAGCGAAGGCAGGGGUGUAGGUAUGGCGUCGUCCGAUGCUGAGGGCGGGGGCGUCUGGGGGCAGGAGACCGCAAACGGGUUCGACCUGACGGCAUCCGAUGCGGGGGAAGAGGAAAACGCAAACGGGUUGUUUGAUCUGACGUCGGACGGGAUGCAAGAGGAAGAAGCGGGCGUUACCCCCGGCGGGGGCGGGCAGGCUGAAGAGGAUGAUAUGGACGUGGAGGACACAGGAGUCGCCAUUGAGGUGAGUGACGCGAUGUGGGGGCGCGGUGCGCCAGCCACUGCUGCUGCUGCUGCUGCUGUGCUGCUUCCAAGGAAGGUGAAAACAUCGGUGGAGGGGAGACUUCUUGGCCAGCGCUAGUCCCACCGCAGCAUCAGUAAC